UACAUUCGGUUGGAAGAUUUCCGGUGUGCAUGUUUGUUUUUGUGAUCCGAUCGAGAAUGAGAUUUUAUCGUUAGAACCCUAGAUUCCUGACGAAAUGGGGAUGGAGAUUCCGAUGGAUCUGAUAAAUCAGCUCAAGAUCUCCCUCCGCAGAGAAGCCAAUCUCUCGUCCUACGAUCCCAGCGGCGAUUCCUUGCCUAGCCUCCCAUCCGCCGCCGACGCGAUUUCGGAGCUCGACGCUUCGGCGGCGUACCUCCGUUGCCGGAACUGCAAAGGAAAGCUUCUGAGAGGGAUCGAGUCUCUGAUCUGCGUCUUUUGCGGCAAGCAACAACGGACUAGCGAUAACCCUCCUGAUCCCAUCAAGUUCACCUCCACUUCUGGUUACAAAUGGUUGCUCGGCUCUCUUAACCUCGAUGGAUCGGAGAUAGUGGAGCCACCGAAAGAGACAAAUGGAUCGGGAAGAGGAAGGAAUGCACCCAUAGAAAUAAUUGCUGUGUCCAAGUUUCUAGAUUUGGAAAUACAAUGGGGCGUGAAAGAGGAACAGUCUGCUAACAGUGGAAACAGUAAUGGAAAAUCAGUGAAGAGUAAGAUUCCAUUAAAUCUAGGUGGACUUAACCUUGAUGAUUUCUUUGUCGAAGGAAGAGGCGAUCUUUCCAAGGUAAAUCUGGCCGAGAGCAAACCCCUGGAGGAUGAUUUUAAGGAUCCUAGGAGUCUUAGCUCGCCUGAUAGUGUUAAGAAUCAGGGAACCAGUGAGUUGUAUCAGCUUGGGAAUGUUAGUUUGUUCGAGGGAAAAGAUGCCCAGAAAAGUAUUUCUUCUGAGGAACAUGAGAAUCUUAGUUUCUUUGCAGGACGAGAUGCUAAGGAAAGUGUUUCCCCGAUGGCCCAUGAAAAUCUUAGCUUGUUUGAGGGAACAGAUGUUAAGGAAAGUGUCUCGUCUAAAGAGCAUGGAAGCCUUAAUCUGUUUGAGGGAAAAGAUGGUCGGCAGACUAGUUCUUCUGUAGAGGAUGAAAAUUUUGGUUCUGUUGAGGGUGUGCCACCGUCUAGUGCAGCUGCAAAGUCUGUUGUUGACAAGUUCGUUGAUGCUUCUUCCGACUGGGAUAUCGACUUUCAAUCUUCUAAACAGAAUCUUUCCCAGGAACAGCAACUUGGCGAUCCAUUUGUCAUUUCUUCUGUUGAUUUGUCUGCUCAUAUGGACACCAUCUUUGGUUCUGGAAUCGAUGCAAAAGCAAAAGACUCUUCAUCUGCUUCUGUGUCCAAUACUGGUGACUGGUUUCAAGAUGAUUUAUUUGGUAAUGUCAAUCAUGAGGUGCAAAAGGACGACUCAGCUGACCACAUUAGGGAUGAGAGACAGGUAGAGAAAAAUGGAACUUCAUCCAUGGAUAUUGACUGGAUAGGAGAUGAUCCAUGGCAAACUAGUGAUAAGAAAGCCUCCGAUAAGGUGCCCACUGACGAAGACGAGGACUGGAACGAUUUCGCAAGCUCGGCUAACUCGAAGACUCCUAAUGAAUCUCUUUCUCAAACCUUGGCGAGUUUCCAAGGGGAGACACUUGAUGAUGGCAUGUCAAAUGUCAAGAAUGUAGGAAGAGCACAGAGUGAAAAUGGUCUUUUCCCUACUAUGAACUGGACUGAAGAUGAGAAGAAGAACAUUAGUACUAGCACAGUGCCAGAUAAAACCAAAGAUCAAGAUGAUGAGCAAUGGCUGAUUCUGCCUUCAAGAAGAUUCAGAUCCAAAGAGAUGGCACCGAUUUUGGUCGGAUUCGGUCGUGGUGGAGUGAGGACAAUGAUUGGUUUUGUCGGCGAAUCCUCUAAUCAAGUGAAGCUCUCUGCCAAAGAGAACUCGGAAAUUAAUUUGUUUGGGGAGGCCAAGGAUCACCAAGGCAGUGAUUUUGGCAGCUUCUCUAGUUCUGAUUUCUUUUCUGGUGGAAUUAAAGGUCAAAACAACUCAGCAGAAGACAAAGUUGUGCCGAAGGAAACUUCAACAUCAGAGAGGAGGACGGGUGAUGAUACAACUGGUAAAGAUCAAGUGUCGGAAAUCACUUCCCUUGGAGACCCCAUUGGUAAUACUGCGGAGGAACUCAUUUCACAAAUGCAUGAUCUCUCUUUUAUGCUCGACACUAUGCUUUCGGUGCCUCCAAACUCCAAAACGGAGCAGUAAU